GAGCCCGGAUGAAGAGUAACGCCAUUACCGCCGGAGCCGCCGAGAGCACUCGCGGACUGGGACUAGACACUGGACCGGCCGCGCCAUGAGACUCCUCCCCCGCCUGCUUCUGCUCCUCUUGCUGGUAUUCCCCGCCACCGUUUUGCUCCGAAGCGGCCCGGGAGGCUCAUUAACGGUGGCACAGGAUCUUACAGAGGAUGAAGAAACAGUGGAAGAUUCAAUAAUUGAAGAUGAAGACGAUGAAGCUGAGGUAGAAGAAGAUGAACCCACAGAUUUGGCAGAAGAUAAAGAGGAAGAAGAUGUAUCUGGUGAACCUGAAGCAUCACCAAGUGCAGAUACAACUAUCCUGUUUGUGAAAGGAGAAGAUUUUCCAGCAAAUAACAUAGUGAAGUUCUUGGUAGGCUUUACAAACAAGGGUACAGAAGAUUUUAUUGUGGAAUCCCUAGAUGCCUCAUUUCGUUAUCCUCAGGACUACCAGUUUUAUAUCCAGAAUUUCACAGCUCUGCCUCUGAACACUGUAGUGCCACCCCAGAGACAGGCCACUUUUGAGUAUUCCUUCAUUCCUGCAGAGCCCAUGGGUGGACGACCCUUUGGUCUGGUCAUCAAUCUGAACUACAAAGACUUGAAUGGCAAUGUAUUCCAAGAUGCUGUCUUCAAUCAAACGGUUACAGUUAUUGAAAGAGAAGAUGGGUUAGAUGGAGAAACAAUCUUUAUGUAUAUGUUCCUCGCUGGUCUUGGACUUCUGGUUGUUAUUGGCCUUCAUCAACUCCUAGAAUCUAGAAAGCGCAAGAGACCCAUACAGAAAGUAGAAAUGGGUACAUCAAGUCAGAAUGAUGUUGACAUGAGUUGGAUUCCUCAAGAAACUUUGAAUCAAAUCAAUAAAGCUUCACCAAGAAGGCUGCCCAGGAAGCGGGCACAGAAGAGAUCAGUGGGAUCUGAUGAGUAAAUGUUCCUUUGUGCAACAAUUCAGUCUGUACUUACCCUGACCUAAUGUUUUUCGGCCUGAUGGGAAUUAGUGCAGAGAAGCCAUAUCACCGUAGAAGGCAACUACUACUUAUGUGUGGACUGAGCAAUCAGAGUCUGUGGCGAUAAUAUUGCUGAAAAUGCACUGCAUUCGUUUUUCUAAAGUAACAAAUUUUUUUUUUUUUUAAACCAUUAAAAUCUAUGUGUGCGUGUGUAUGUAUGUGAGCAGUUGGUCUUACCAGAAUCAUUGUUGAACUGCCUGAAGCAUGCCUUUAGAAUACUAAGUAUAAUGCCAUCUCUCUUCCUUUUAGGUACUUUUUGAUUUUUAUCCCCAAAUACAAUGAAUAUUUGCCUCCAAUAUAAUUGUAGAUACCCUGCCUUGAACUGUUUUAAGGGAAGAAAUAAUUUGUUUCUUCCAUGGAAUUGCUCAAAUCCCAACUGAUGGCACAAAUUAGCAUUUUGGUUGUGGUUGCCCUCUUAUAAUUAGUAUUCUAAAGGCACAAGCAGGAGAUGCUGCUUUUUUAGCAGUAGAAUUGUUUUUGGUAUUUUUAUGUUGUUUAUUAUAAUGCAUACCUUCAGGAAACUUCCCAUAUGGAUUCAAGGAAUUUUAGUAUCUCUUGAGCAACAAAAUUGUGAAACAUGAAAAUUCUGAUAUUGAUAUAUGAAUCCUAAACCUACCCAUUUUUUAACAAAAAGGAAAUAGUACAUUUGUGCAAACUGAGGAAGAGGUCUGGAAUGAUCUUAGACACACACUUGGGUUUUUUGGUUUUGUUUUUGUGGUCCCGGGAUUCAAACCCAGGGCCUUGUGCUUGCUGAUAAGCAACUGCUGUACCACUGCGCUACAGCCCCAGCCCUUGUUUUAUUUGGUUUUUUAAAAAGGAAAUUUUGCUCUUCUUAGUAAAAGUACCCUUUCUUAAGAAAAACUGCCUUGUUCUGCAGAUCAAGCAGAUCAAAGUGUAGGAACAGAUAUAUUCCAACUCAUCUUAAUCUCCAAAAACAUGAACUGGAAAUUUUUAAAGCAGUCACACAGUUGUUUGUUAUAUAAUAUUUGGGGGAUUUUGAUUAUUGAUGUACCUUUUUUUGGGGGGGGGUGUUAAUUCGGAAAAUUCCAAAAGUUUAAGCACUUAGGACCUCAGAACCAAAAUUAAGUUAGACUUCAUAAAAUCCUUUAGGGACAAAAAGAUUGAGAAAAUAAAAUCCUUUUAGUAGGAUUUUAUGUAGUAAAUUAAGUUUUGGCACUAUUGUCAGACUGGAUAAAGGAUAAAGUAAAAGUUUCUAUGAACAAAUCCCCCCCCUCCCCCUGGUCCCCCUUUCCGUCUUUAAGCCACAUAUUCCCACAUAUUUUUUAUAACCAAAUAGUAAAUGAAAUUUUAGUGGCUCCUUAAUUCCUGACUUCUGUUCACUCUUAUCAUCUUCAGUAUAAUCCCCCAACACACACACACACACACACACACACUCUCAUGCCCACACAUCCAAAAAAAGAAAUGAUGAUAAAAGAAAAAAUAUACAAACAAAUCUUUUUUAAGCUGUUACUUAAGUAUUUAAACAUCUGAGCCAAAACCAAUGACGUUAGAAGUUAUUGUAUAAUUGUUUUGCAAGUAGGGACUGAGAUGUCGCAUUAUCUAUAUUGGCAUUGCUGGACUAUAAACUUUCUAAACCUUUAAUAUGAAGUGUUUGAGUUUUUAAUUGGGAUGUAUGUUCAGUAGUUUAUUUUGAAAAGUUUUGUGAGGUCUAAGUAACUUGUAAUAUAGGAAACUGUUCUUCCUCUCAAGGAAAAUUUUCCAGAAUAUUUUUUGUUACUAUCUAAUUUGUGAAACUACUAGAACAUAAUGCAGUAAGGUGUAAUUACAAAAUUUUAAAUGACCUCUAGAGAGUAUUACUGAAUAUGUAGGCAAUACAAAACCGUACAGAGUUACAGCUGCCGGCCCUUCUCACUCCGAAGUAAUUUGCCUUAUAUACCAGCCCUUCCAUUUCUGAGGUUCAAAUUAGUGCCCCAGAAAUGUAGAAUGUAUUAUUUGUUACGUUUUAUUUUUUAUUAUAGAUUGGUAACAGUUGAAAACUCUUAAAUCCUCAGAUGCCAGGGCUCUACCAUAGCAUCAGUAAGUAUUUAGCAGAAACUAACUCCAUAAUGAAUGGAAUUCGAUUCCACACAUGGUUUGUUCAAGCACACUUAAUAAGUAGCCUAUUUUUAAAUGUCUUUUUUAAAUGUAAAUACUUGGAUGAAGUUUUCUUUGUUUUAAUAUAUUCAUUUGCUAUACCAAUCAUGGUUUCAGAAUUUACUUUAUGAACAGUUUGGUUUCAGAAUCCGUAAUAUGAACUUAAGCCUCUUGUCUAUUAAACUUGCCAUCUCCACGUGUGGGAAUGUGCUCACUAAGCAUAGAGCUCGCUGUGGUUGUGUAGCUUUAUUAUUCUAGUUAUGGUCUAGCCAAGUUAGGCGCAGUUAGGGCUGGUCCUCAAAGCUUUGCCUGAGGAGAGGAAAGGUAAAUGGGGCCUCAGAGAAGCCUAUGGGGAGAUGGUAGAAAUCAGAAGGCAAGAAGCAUUGACAUGAUGUUAAUGAAGUUUUUAAUCUUAAGUAGCUUUAGAAAGUGUGACUUCAAGAGGCAGAAAAGGUAUAUUUAGACCUUAAGAAAAUAAAUAAAGAGCUGUUGCCUUAAAAGUGCAUUUAUGCCAGGUGUGGUGGUGCACUCUUGUUAUCCCGGCAAUUAUCACAAGUUCAAGGCCAGCCUGGGCAACUUGGUGAGACUCUGUCUCAAAAUAAUAAAUAAAAAGGACUGGGAAGUAGCACAGUGGUUAAGUGCCCUGUUUUUAAUCUCAGUACCCCUUGCCCCCAAAGGAAAAAAAGGUGUAUUUGUAGCACAUAUGCCUAGAAUUGUAUUUUGGCUAAGUUGAGAAGUAAAUAAUAUAAUAUUGAAAUCUUGAAUGACUUAUUUUGGAGGUAUAGUAGAUGAUAUUAUAAUAUGCAAGGCUCAUAUGUUAUUAUUUUGCAGUACAGGGAUAUCAGAUAUCCAAACCCUGAGUAUGAAGAGAGAUUUGCUUGGAUAGUGCAUUUAAAUAAUGAACAAAAAAUUUUUUUUGAGACAAGGUCUCAUAUUAACUCAGGCUGGCCUCAACUACUAGGUUCCCCUGCUUUGGCCUCUGGAGUAGCUGGAACUACAGAUGUACACCAUUGCACCUGGCAUGAGUUAAUUUUUUAACUCAAGACAUCGUCUCUUGCCAAGAUUUUGAUAGGCUAUAUCUUUGAAUUUUCAGUCUUUACUUCCAAAAUUAGAUGUUGGUAUAAACUUAGGGACAUUUCUAGAUACAUUUGAAGUUACUUUCAUGGUUUUGAAUGGCAUUAUUCAUAGCUAUAGACCUAAAGUCUGUACAUUUUCUCUUAAUAAAAUCCUAUUUUCUUUGAACUACCAUUUCCAGCUUAGUGAAGAACAAGAUCCUUGUUAUUCGGGUGAGUGGACUGUUAGGUUUCACUGUUAGUCUGAUCUGUAUAUGAGAACAUCACCCUUAAAGGAUUUUUCUGCCUUUUGCUGCUAGGGGUUGAAUCCAGGUGCAUUCCAUUCCUGAGCUACAUCUCCAGCCCUUUUUAUUUUUUAUUUUGAGACAGGAUCUCACUGCAUUGCCAAAGCUGUCUUCUAACUUGCCAUCCUCUUGCUGCAGCCUCCCAAGUAGGUGGGAUUAUGUGUGUGCACCACUGCACCCAGCCUCUCAGAGGAUAUUUAGGAAGAAAGAACAACAUGAACUGACUUGCAGACAUCUAAACAAUUGCUUGAAUUUUGCUUUGAAUUGUAUGAAUGUUGCUAACUAAUAUUUAUAUGAUUUUAUCCUUUUUUGAUUACACAAAAGCUUGAAUUCUUAAUGGUACUAAAUAAUAUUACCUGAUAUUCUGGGAAUUUUUGGUUGGUUGGGUUUGUUUGUUUUAGGUUUUGGCAUUUUUAAGAACAGAGUUUGAGGGAUGGAGUUGUGGCUUAGUGGUAGAGCGCUUUCCUGUCACACGUGUGGACACUGUGUUCCAUCCUCAGCGUCACACAAGUAAAGAUAUCAUGUCCAUCUACAACUAAAAAAAAAAAAAUAGAAAAAAACAGCAUGGCUGGGUAUGGUGGUAUAUGUCUAUAAUCCCAGUUUCUUUGGAGGCUGAGUUAGGAGAUCACAAGUUGAAGCUCAGACUGGGCAACUUGGCAAGACCCUGUCCCAAAAUAAAAAAGUCUGGCAAUGUGAUAGAGUGCCCCUGGGCUCACUCCCCAGUACCUCAAAUAAAUAGAGUGCUUAGGUUUGGACACCGUGUAUGGAUGCUUUUCAAGGAAGCAGAAAGAGAAGGGAAUUCGUGAACUAGACAUCAGCUGUGUUCUGUUGGGCCUUGUCAUUUACCAUCCCUGAACCCUCACAGCUCACUGAGGGAAGCAGAAUGUUCUUGUUCUGUAGGUGAAGAUCCCUGAAUUUAAAUAACUGCUCAAAGUUAUCAAUUAUUGCUUCAGAAUUGUCUUUUUUCUAAAAUUCAGUGUUCUUUCUCUAUUCCUUGUGUAAGUUGGAAAUUUUAUAAAAACCAAGCAUUUGGACAUCUUAAAAAUAUUUGUUUUUCAGGGCUGGGGUUGUGGCUCAGCGGUAGAGCGCUCGCCUAACACGUGUGAGGCCCUGGGUUUGAUCCUCAGUACCACAUAAAAGUAAAUAAAUAAGAUGAAGUUAUUUUGUCCAACUACCGCUAAAAAAUAAAUAUUAGAAAAAAAGAAUUUAAAAAACAAAUUCUUGUUUUUCAGAAUCGAGCAACCAGAAAGUUCCUAUGACCUUGCUACUGAAUAUACAUAAAUGCAUACAUAAAUGUUUGCCUGCUGUUCAGCAGUGUACACAUUCCACUCAAUGCCAGAGCACCAUAAAACCCCAGUCUUCUACACUAUUUUAAAUUGAUUUGUUGUGGUAUGUAUAUAUAGUUAUUAGAAAUUGACAUUUUAUUUUUAUGAUAAAUCAGUUACAGUACCCUGUUUAUUACAAGACAUACCUCUUUAAAGUAAAGACUGCCUCCCUCCCUACUAAACAGAAGGGUAGUCUUUAAAAACAUCUUCUGCAAGAGAGGUCUAAAAAGUUGAUUGGGUUUUAAGCUGUGAAGGGCUGAAAGAUAUCUGCAUUAAGAUGAAAGUAGGGUGUCUGCUUGGGUGGUACAACCAAGUAGCACUAGAUCUGUGGUUCCAGCUUGAGGCUUCUUUCUAGUUUCUUUUUCUUCAGUUAUUGAUUUCCCUGAGGCACAGUGGAAUAUUAAAAAAAAAAAAAUUCAGUGUAUUGUACCUGGAAAACACAGUGUAGCUUUCACCUCUAAAUCAUAGUCAAAUUGUGUCUUGUUUGUACCUCUGCUGGCCCUUACGCACACUUAUGGAGUACCUCUGACGAUUCAUCUUCCCUGAUGGUAAACUGAGCCCUAUAUUUUGUUUGUAUUUUUUAUCCCCAGUUUCUAGUUCACAAUUAUGUGGAAAUCCAUUACAAGUGUUAAAAGAAACAACAGGAAUCUCUGGGCUAGUUUUCACUUGUAUUCUUCCCUGUGAUUAUAAUGGCUUAUAAAUAUUCCUGGUGAUAAUCCAAUAGUGUCAUUGGCAGUUUUCAUCAUGAGUUUGAAAUCGUGGUAUGGUGUAGUCUUUUUUAUGUUGAGAUAUCUUAAAAUGUCAUAAAUUGUAUGGUUCCAUUAACCUUCAGUCCCCUGCUUAGUACAGUAUUAUUAAAUGAAUAUAGCCCAGCACAGUGGUGCACACCUGUAAUCCCAAUGACUUGGGAGGCUAAAGCAGGAGGAUCGCCAGCCUUUACAACUUAGUGAGACCCUGUCUCAAAUUUUUAAAAAAGAGCUGGGGAUGUAGCUCAGUGGCAAAGUACCUCUAGAUUCAAUCCCUAGUAUCAGGAAAAAAAAAAAAGUUAUUUAAUUGUUUGUUCUUUAAUGCUAGUUGUUUAAUAAAAGAAAAGAAUGAACAAACUCAUGUUACACUGCCUUGAUUCAGAUCCCAGCUCCCCUCUUAGUUAUAGGCAAGUUGUAUAACUUAACUACGUCAGUGUCAGGUGCCGUAUGGUACCUGCCUCCUAGGGUUGUAUGUCAAGUACUUAAACACUACCUAGUAUGGGGUAAGCUGUGGGUGAUUACUCUUAUUGUUGUAAAGUACUGUGUUAAAGCAACACCCCAUGAAGCACAGGAGUCAGGCUAUAGUAUAUGGCACUUUGGGGACUUCAGUGUGUAGUAACAAGUACAUUCUACUAAGUAUGCAAGCUAAUGUUCUUUUUUGGCUAAAGGGUAAAAGUUGUGAGAUGGGUGUGUAACAUGGCUCGCAUUGUAGAUUUCGUAAUGAAUCAGAUAGUAAGGCUGGCAAGGGGCAUCUUUGUACUCAAUCUGUUAGAGCCUGUACGUCUGGUGGGUUCCUUUUCAGAAUGUUUGAAGAGGCUGCCUAUUUUCCAGUGAUGCUAUUGGUGUUCAAGUGAUCUCAGAAUUUCUUUCCAUAUCAGACUGAGCUUCCCAGAGACAGUCUUAUUUCCGAAUAAAUUUUUUCCAGAAGUCAUACUGGUCUGUUAACCUGCCUUAAAUUUGUCAAAACAGGUGCUUACAGUCUAAAGGCACUUUGGGAAGGACGAUGAGCGAUUCUUUAGGCCAGGAGAGUGUUCAGGGUGAGCUGUCCAACACCUGCUCUGUGCUCCUUCAUAUAUUUUCAUGGUGUCCUCUCAGCUCCCCUAGAGGACCCUCUUGUUCCCCAGGAGCCCUGCAGCUCUCAUUCUUCACAGGGGGUCGGUCUCAGCAGGGGUUGGCGUAAGGAGGCCUGGGCUGGGCCGUGGCACACAGUAGCCUCACCACAUUCUAGCUGCAGCUCGGGCCUUGCUUGGUGCUUCAUAGACCUCAAGAGGCUUUCUGUAUUUUUUCUGCUGACACAAUCCAGAGUCAAGAAACAUUUGCAAAUACUUUGGACAAGUUUGUAAAGACCUGUUGCCAUCAUUCAUGAUAGAAAGUAGAAAGCUGUUGACCCCAAGUACACAUGAGAAUGGGUUUUCAUCCCCUGGAUCUCCUGAGCAAUUUGUUCAGAGCUGUGUAAGGUCAUAUGUUGAAUACUUUAUCCUGUGACCUUUUCAUACGGAUGUACUUGUAGGUUUGACUGUUUAGGUUGAGGGCACGCUGCAGUGGGGACAUCAGGCCUAGAGUAGCUGCUUGCUGCUCCGUACAAAGCCAGGUCCACAGGCAGGACGGUGGCUGAGGUCCACUUUAAUGGCAGCAGGAGGAUGUUGUCCUGUUUUCUUAGUUGAAGUCCACCUGAGUAGCAGACAACUGGUGUGUUCCAAGGCCCCUGCCAAGAAGUCCUCAUGUUUCAGGAACCACUAGGGAGAGUGACGUCCACCUGGCUGACAGCACCCUCAGUCCCAUCUGAAGGAGCAGCCCUGCGUGAACACUCGUGGUCCUGUCCACACACAAGGACUGUGAUGUGUGGCCACGCUCCCAGCGUGCACAGAGCUGUGAGUCUUGAUGGCUGAGCCUCCUCUUCAUUGUCACCAGCUCCUGUCCCUCACAGGUUCCAGGAGGUUCUUUCUCUCCAUUACGGAAGCCUCCUUCCCCCGACGCUCAUCUCUGGCUCCUUUCCUUUGUGCCCACUGAAAUGGAACCUUCCUGAGCCUUCAGGAGUCUCCGUCUCUGUCUCAUCUGCAUCCCCGCCUUGUUUUUUCUCCCCAUUUCUCAAAAUACCUCCUUUUGAUAUUUGGCCUCUUGUUUUUUUUAGGCUUGAAGUUCCUUCUGAUUCGGCUUCUGCCCCCCAAAGCCUGCUCUCAGAUCUCAUGGCACCCUGCUUGCCAGAACCUUCUUCGCUCUCAGUUCCCCGCCCUCCACUCAUGCAUUUCACCCACUGACCACCGACCCCCAGACUUAUACUCGCUUCCAGGACCCUGAUCUCAACCCCCAUUUCUCUGAGUGAUUUGUUGCCUAGCCUGGAACUCACUCAGGUUUGCUCUUCUGCUCGGUGCUCUGCCCCGAACAGCUGGCCAUCCUCUCAUUACUUCAGUCCUUAUGUCUUAGCUCUAAAUUACUUUAUUUCAUGCCAUUCAAACCACCUGUGAGACAUUUUCACUUAUAGUGUAUUAUAACCCAAAACAACACAAAUGUUCACUUAAAUCUCCCUGUCCGACCUGGUGCCAUGGCUCUCCACUUCUCCAACUUUGAAUCCUAGAGACCUAAAUAUGGUAUUUAAUAAAUGAUUACUAAUUUUAGCCCUGCUGUUUAUUAAAAUUAGAUUUCAGUUCUCUCCCCUUCAAAAUCUAAGAAAUAAGAACUUUAAAGAAAUCUAAAUUUAUUCAGUGUGGGCAAAAUCUUACCUCUGUUCAAAAUACCUUUAUCUUUCCUGAUUCAUUGAAGAGGUCUUGGAUUUGCUAUUUUAAUUUUAGCACUUGCAUACUUGAAAUGUGUCCUGGCAGCAUAGUUUAAUCAGGGUUAUUGUAAAACAGGGUGAGGUUUCUUCUGGUAAUUAUGUCAGAAAAUGUCAUUGGGUAUCAUUUGGGUUUUGUCAAUGAAAGUAGGAAUUAAGGAAUCCAUAGAAUUAUUGUACAGCUUGAGAAAUAUUUCUGCUCUUUGAGUAUCUGGAAAAGUCUGGUAAACCUAAGGUAACUUAUACCUUAAGUGAGUGCCCUUCUUGUUAUUUCCAUCCAUCUGACGUACUGCUGAACUGCUCCACUGUUCUAUCAAAGGCAUCUGUUUAUACAUAUCCUGUAAUUAAAGCUGAUCUUGAGUGUCCAUGUGCAGUAUGAAAUGUUCCCUAAAGUGCCAGCACAUAUUAUUGCUUGGGCUUAAAGAUGAGAAGCACAAAAGGGAAUCUAAAAUACUAAACAAAGAAGUUACAAUUUAAAUUUCCCCUUGGAAGGUAUAAGAAAAGGUUUACACACUUUCUGCAUAUAAAAUUUUGCCAUUCAAACAAGACUGGUGAUGUACAGUUAAGGUGACUCCACAUGAGUUUCACAUGUGCAUUUGGACUGUCGACUCUUUAGGUAAUGGUCAUAAGUGACUCCCUUGCUUCUCCCAUUCAUACUGAGUUUGGAUGCCUCCAGUUGCAUCCACUUUAUAUUCUGACCAGUUAAACAUUCUGAGCACGCAGAGCAGGGGCUGUGAUCGAGUUCUCUGCAUAGAUAAUAGAUAACUCAGAAAGGCAAUAGUACCUAGAUUUCCUUCAAGAAUUGUUCUGAGCAGUAGAACUGUGUUCUUCGCAGAAAAAGUAACUUUUGAUUAGAGGCUGUGCAAAUUGGAGAAUCAGUCUUUGUAACUCUGUAAUGUUUUUGGUCUUCUGCUGGAAAGAAAAAAAUGCUUUGAAGAAUGAAAAAAAAUUAGGACAGUAAGAAGCAGCCUUUUUCUGUCUUCUCUACAGUGCUUGAAACAGUAUUUCGGAUUAAUCCGAAGCCUAAUUAAAGAAAUAUACCAAAAUGCUAAAGCAAUUUUUGUGCUAGCGUGGUGAAUCUUUCCUUUUCAAAAUGUUUGUAAUGUGCUUAUAUUUUAUAUUGGAAGCAAUAAAUGAGAAUGUUAAAUUUA